AUGGCCUGUUGUCAAGCUUUUCAAAAGCGUGCUAGAUUAGCAUGUUUAAAAUUAAGACCAACAUGCUCAACUUUAUGUUUGCCCUCCAUAACAAAACUGUUAUGUUACUUUACCAUUAUACCCCUUAUAUUUUUUUUUUACUACUCAAUUUUAGAAAAGUAUUUUGAUAAAUUAUCACUUACUACUGAACCUCCUUACCAUCAAUAUACUACAGACUUAAACUCUAGAUGGAAACCUAGUCUACCCUCAAAUUUAACUGUAGUUUCUAUAAUUAAAAAUAAUGACAAUGUUGAAUUACAAUUGAACUCUAUAUUUAGUCAAACAAUUAUGCCACAAGGCAUGAUUAUAAUUGCCUCCAAAAAUACAGCUAAAAAAGUCAAACAUGUCAUUAAAGAGAAUGAUAAAUACAGUGGUUUUGAUGUAUGGAUACAUGUUAUGGAAACAAACAAAUUUAGAAUCAUUGAAACCCCAUUCGACAUAUUGCAUAAUACAAAUACAUCCACCAAAAGACGUCGCCGUAACCGUACCCCACCACCAUCUUACGAAGUGUCAACAAUUCUAAGUACGAGUCGCCGUGAAUCUACCACUAAUCAAAGGAAUCGAUCCGCAUCACCCACCCAAAGAGCGACUAGUGAAAGGAAUGAGAAUAACAGCGAAACAGCCACCACCAAUAAUAACCAAGAUAAUAGAAGGAAUGAGAAUACCACUGAAACGGCCACCACCAAUAAUAAUCAAGAUAAUAGAAGGAAUGAGAAUACCAGUGAAACAGUCACCACCGGUAAUAAUCAAGAUAAUGGAAACAAUGUAAAUAAUGUUAAUGAUGUGAGUCAGCCACCUUCUUAUAUGGAAUCUAUAAAUGAAGAGAGGAAUCCGUGA